AUGGCGCCAGAGCUGUUGCCCAAACGCCGCUGUUGUCCGGACGCCACGGUAUCGUUGCCAGACGAGCUCAUCUUCAACAUCCUCUCCUGGGCGCCCUUGAAUUCCGUGUGUCGGUUUCGGUGUGUGUGCAGGGUGUGGCGUGCUGUCCUCUCCGACCCAGCCUUCAUCGCCACACAUAGAUCUCGCCACGCGGAGCCGCUCCUUGUCGUCAGAUCCUCCCAGGAAAACCCCGGGAGAGGCCACGACCUGCGGCUGAUGGACAUGGACGGCAAUGUUGUCAGGGUGAUGAAAGGCAUAGGAGGCAUGGGGUCGCUCUCCACGAGCGUCGACGACCACGUCUGCAUCACCGACUAUCUCUCCGGUAGAGCGCAUGUGAUCAACCUCGCCAAAGGGGAGGUGGUCGUGGACUGCCCGAAACCAAAAUUGGAACAACACCACGUCUUUGGUUUUGGCCGUGUUGUACCAUCAGGCAAGUACAAGGUGGUUCGCCUCUUGUUGGGUCGGUCGUGCGACUACGAGGUCCUGACGGUAGGACACGGCGCCAGAUGGAGGCGGGUGCGGCCACCUCCCGCCGGUAUCUCCGAUGGACGGUGCUCCCCUGUUGCCGUCGAUGGCACCAUGUACUUCUUGAGCUCGGAUAGUCCAAGUGACGACGCAUUACUUCGCCUUGACCUCGAGAGUGAACAAUGGACGAAACCGCUGAAAGGCCCAAUGAACACGAUGGUCCCCCUGAGGUGGAAGAUGAGUGGGAUAGUUCGGAUAACCGAACUCAAUGGCUGUUUUUGUCUGGUUCAUCUGGGGGUGCACAUGACUGUAUGGCUCAUGACCGAAUCAGAAAAUCAGAAGUGGGUCAAGGCGUACACGAUUCCGGUGGAUCCGUCCACCAAGUAUUGUAUGCCACUCAGGGUGACAAGUGAUGGCGGGAAGUUGAUCUUUUUCUCUUCGUGUUACGGACAAGGCUCUGAACUCCGAGUCUACGAUCCUAGCACCGAGACAUGCACAAUGCGAUGGGCACUAGGCUGCCGUGGAGACACAGUUCGUCUUUGCAACCUGCAAUUGGGCCAUUUUGUCCGGCCCUAG